AUGCCUCGCCGAAACGGGAAUGCAUCUGGUAAGUCGCCUCCUUACGCUGAACCACUCGAAUCCCACCCCUCAAGCCCUGACUCCCCGUCUCCCAUCGCAGGCUCCGGCAGCAGUCGUCGCCGCCGGCGCGACGACGACGACGACGAGAGCGUCCCCUCCGAUAACACCUCCGACUCCGACUUCGUCGCUGAUAUGGAGGACGAGGUGGCGGACGACGACGAGGAGUUUGCCUCCGAUGAAGAUGCCCCUGCGCCCGCGGUGGUGAUCGAGGUGGUGGCGCCGCGUCCGGUGCUGUCGCCACGGCCGCCCAAGUCCAAGUGGAGGCGGAAGAAGAAGAAGGGGAAGCGCGACGAGGACGGCCCGCCCCUGCCGUGGGAAGAGUGGGAGGAGGCUAAUACCAAGUGGCUCGACGAGCGCGCCGGGGCAGUGGAGGAGACGGACGCCCCGACCGCUGGGGUGGUGCCGACCGCGGAGCCGGCCCCGGAGGUGCUGCUCCAGCUGCUGCGCUUCCAGAAGGAGUGGCUCGCGUGGGCGCUGGCGCAGGAGGCCUCGGUUUCGCGCGGCGGCAUCCUCGCCGACGAGAUGGGGAUGGGGAAGACCAUCCAGGGUAUCGCGCUCGUCCUCACCGCGCGCCGGCUCCGUCCCCCCGGCUCGCCCCCGCCCUCGCCACCGUCCCCGUCACUGGGCCUCCCGAUGCGCCGGGUAGGGUGCACCCUUGUGAUCUGCCCCGUGGUGGCCGUCAUCCAGUGGGCGCAGGAGAUCGAGCGCCACACGGCCAAAGGCAGCGCGCGCGUGCUGCUCUACCAUGGCGCUCGGCGGGGCUCUCAGAAGUAUGAUUUCGACACCUUCGACUUCGUGGUCACCACCUACUCCACCAUUGAGGCGGACUACCGGAAGCACAUAAUGCCACCCAAGAUUCGGUGUGAGUACUGCAAUAAACAGUUUUACCCCGAGAAGCUGAAGAUUCACUUGAGAUAUUACUGUGGGCCCGAUGCUCUUCGUACUGAGAAGCAGGCGAAGCAGAAGAGCAAGAAGUGGUCUGACACCAAAGUGAAGGGGAAAGGGAAGGGGAAAGGGAAGAGGAAAAAUGGUAUUGAGGAGGAGGAGGAGGAGGAUUUUGAGGAAUUGGGUAGCAAAUCCAGGGGCAAGUCACCUCUACACUCAGUGCGAUGGGAGCGGAUUAUCUUAGAUGAGGCUCACUUCAUAAAAGAUAGACGAUGCAAUACUGCAAGGGCAGUUUUUGCAUUGGAAUCGGAAUACAAGUGGGCUCUGAGUGGGACACCAUUGCAAAAUCGUGUUGGAGAACUUUACUCACUGAUUCGCUUCUUGCAAAUCUUUCCAUACUCGAAGUACUUCUGCAAGGACUGUGACUGUCAGAUACUAGAUACCAAUAUGAAGAAAAAAUGCGACUGUGGUCACUCAUCCGUCAGGCACUUUUGCUGGUGGAAUAAGUACAUAGCGACACCAAUACUGUAUGGAUCCGCGAGUUUUGAGGGCAGAAGAGCCAUGACUCUUCUCAAGGAGAAGGUCUUGAAGGGCAUAGUGUUAAGGCGGACAAAAAUAGGCCGAGCUGCAGAUCUUGCUCUUCCACCGAAGACUGUGACAUUGAGGCGGGACUCUUUUGAUAGAAAUGAAAUGGAAUUUUAUGAAGCCUUAUAUACUCAAAGCUGCACGCAGUUUGAUUCGUAUGUUGUUGCUGGAACGUUGCUGAACAACUAUGCCCAUAUCUUUGACCUCCUCACAAGGUUGAGACAGGCUGUCGAUCAUCCAUACCUUGUUGCAUUUUCCAAGACAGCAGAAUCUCAGGAAGGAUGCAAAAAUCAACAAAAUGGUGCCAUGGAAAGCCAGUGUGGAAUAUGUCAUGAAUUGGCAGAAGAUGUGGUGGUUACAUCUUGCGAUCAUGUAUUCUGCAAGACUUGUUUGAUGGAGUACUCUGCAACUUUGGGGAAUGUUUCAUGCCCAUCUUGUUCAAAGCCUCUUACUGUUGACUUAACAACAGAAAACUCGAGACGAAAGGUCCCUGCAAAUUUGAAGGGUGGCAAACGCUCAGGAAUACUAGCCAGACUACAAAGCCUAGCAGAUUUCAAGACAAGUACGAAAAUUGAUGCAUUGAGAGAAGAAAUAAGAAACAUGAUUGAGCAUGAUGGUUCUGCAAAAGGGAUUGUUUUCAGCCAGUUCACAUCGUUCUUGGAUUUGAUUGAAUUCUCCCUGCAGAGGUCUGGCAUCAAGUGUGUGCAACUUAAUGGGAAAAUGAACAUGGUGGAGAAGGGGAGAGCUAUAGAUACCUUCAUAAAUGACCCAGAUUGCAGGAUUUUCCUGAUGAGCCUGAAAGCGGGAGGAGUAGCUCUUAAUCUCACUGUAGCAUCUCAUGUUUUCUUGAUGGAUCCUUGGUGGAAUCCAGCAGUGGAGAGCCAAGCGCAGGAUCGAAUCCACCGAAUCGGACAAUUCAAGCCUAUUAGAAGCACGAGGUUUGUGAUCAAAGACACAGUUGAAGAGCGCAUCCUACAACUGCAAGAGAAGAAGCAGCUUGUGUUCGAUGGCACCGUGGGUGACUCGCCAGAGGCCAUGUCGAAGCUUACAGAGGCUGACCUGAAGUUCCUGUUCCAGAACUAA